CACAAAUUAAACCCACCCAUAAACAGAAAGACACAUGCAGACCGUUGCGUGUUGAUGAAAAUGUAUCUUUGAAUUACACUUAAUCUGAGUACCCUAUUGAAAUGGAACAUGAUCAACUCCGUUCUCUGGAUAUUACUCUUGCUCGAAAGUGAUCUGAUUGAUGCUGUAAAUGUGACGGGAAGAGAGGGAAUGAAAGUAACUUUACCGACUGGACUUACUGAACUACGUAGCGGCACUGUUAUAGCAUGGUCUUUCCCAUUGAGUCGUUCAGAUUCAUUUGAUAACAUAGCUCUGCUGAAUGCUGGUGUGAUUACAACGGACUACAGUAGGAAGUUCAAAGACAGACUGAAGCUGGAUACUCAGACUGGAUCUCUCACCAUCAGAAACCUCACCAUCAACGACUCUGGACUUUAUAAAAUAGUUAUCAUCGAUACACAGAGUUCAUCUAAGAUUGCAAAUCUAACUGUCUAUGCCUCAGUGUCUGCUCCUCACAUCAGUCGCUCAGUGGACAGUCCAUUUGAAAAAGUGAGCUGUUCCUUGGUGUGCACUAUGAAGAACGGGAGAGAGGUGAUCUUGUCCUGGUACAGAGGAGAGGAGAUAUUCAACCAGACCAGCAGCCCUGAUCUUCUCGCCAAUCUCUCUCUCCCUCUGGAGUUAAACAAAAUAAAUGUUGACACCUACAGCUGUGAGGCUUCCAACCCUGCUGACUCAAAACCAACUCCACUCAACAUUGAAACGCUCUGCCCUCAAUUGUCCUCACGCUCUGCCAUCAAAGAGUCUGGUCCCAAUCCUGUCGCAAUCACACUGGUCACAUUGUUAGCAGUUGGGAUAAUAAGUGGUGGUAUAUACUGGGCAGUUAAAAUAAGAACAUGUGGCGCCUGCAAGCAAAGAGAAGAAGAAUGAUGCUGAUGUGAACUGUCAGAGAUCGUGCUGACUUUACAAGUUGGGGAUAUACUGGUAUCUGGCACCAGAGGAGUCUGUUUACCAGAGGAGUCUGUUUACCAGAGGAGUCUGUUUUGUACGCAGAUGUCAGAAUCUCACCUUCUGUUCAGACAGGACUGGAUUCAAUCACUCCUCUCUCAAAGCUGUGACCUUGGCGUGGUUUAGAGGCUUGUGUGUCUCAAUGACCCUGAGAGCUACGCCGGAGGGGGCUUUGGCCCCUGGUAGGUUUAGCCAUUCCGGAUUGGUCUCCGGUGAGGGGCCAGACCAACGACAGCAUUGGUCCUACAUGUUUCACAUUGGCAUGGUGCUAUAGGUAUGCAACUAUACCACUCUGACAAUGUUACAUGCUGUGUGUGUCUUUACUGUAAUUUUAAAUGUGUAUUUUUCAUGGUGUUGUGCAUUACUUUGCAAGAAAUGUGUUUGAUAAAAAUGCAAUUGAAUUGCUGUUGUUUAAGUCUUAACAUUUGUCAACCACAAGGUUGACCUGGUCCUUGUGCUCCAGCUCAGCAAAUUACAUUUCCCCCCAAAAAACACCCCAAAAAACAUAAAGAUUUUAUACCGAUCUCACAUUUAUACCUUUCAUUGCCACUAUUGUAUUAUUGAGUAUGACGUUUCACAUACAAAUAGCACCGCUAUUUAUUUGUCUGCUGCAUGCUGUGUGUGUCUGUACUGUAAUUUUAGAUGUUUACUUUUUCAUUGUGUUGUACGUUACUUUGCUAGAAAUGUGCUUGAUAAAAAUACAAUAUUGUUAUUUAGGUCAUAACAUUUGUCUGAAAACCAGGAUUAGUAGCAUUUAAACAAGCAAAUUAGUUCAAUCAUGGCACCACAUCCACUCCCUGAAACACUUUUACCAUUUAUUUUCAAAAUGCUUGUAACCGACUGCCCAAACCUGCUGAUCUCAUGGGCAUGUUUAAACUUGUGGAGGAAUGUUUUCAUGUAGGUUUGUCCUGCCUUUAUCUCCACUCUAGAGAGUCUCUGUUAUGUUCUCCACUAUUUACCAAACUACAUUAAAGCCUGAUAGGAAGGUUUCUGUAGUGUUCUUAACCACAUUGGACAUAAGUGUCAUAGUCAUUAACUUAAUAAAAAGUGAAUAAGUUA